UUAGUGUCCACACUCUUUACAUGAAUGCAUCUCCAAUGCGUUCCUUUGAUAAAAUGUAUUUACUAGCUCUGGCUUUGCUGUUUGUGUGUGUUAAUUCAACAUUUCUAGUUUACGAUUCCUAUACAGGAACACCGAUAUCACAGGAGGAACUUAAACGUCAUGACAAGAGAAAUACUACAUUUUGGUGUACGAGUCAAUUUUUCUCUUGCAACCCUUACGAAGGCAGAAGACCUGAUGGUUCCUGUAAUAAUUUACGUUACCCCACCAGGGGAAUGAGUCACACGCCACCAGUUAGAUUACUGCCCCCAGUUUUUGAUAAAGAUUAUAAUCCCAGAUUGUCCAAAUCUGGGACUAACUUACCGCUUGCGAGAUAUUUAAGGAAGAGACUUUUACUGGAAGGAUAUGUACCUGAUCAAAAAUUUACUCAAUUGACAGCGCAUUUUCUAUUGCUGUUGAACGGAGAUGUUUUGUCUUUCCACGAUACAGUAAAGUACGUUUUGUGGACACCUCAUUGUUGUAGUGAAAAAGGUAAAACGGAUUACGCUUGCGUGCCUAACAAAAUACCCGACAAUGACCCCGUCCAUCGCUUCUCUAACAUCAGAUGUCUAAACAUGACGAGACCUGAGAGUUUUCAAUCUGUUGGUUGUGUCAACAAUAAAACGAACCCGGAAAGAAUAUUAAGUUCGACACCAACUUUCGAUGUGUCCGCCUUGUACGGGAAUUCAAUGCAAAAGUUAUUAACGAAAGGGAGAAAAUUUGAGGGUGGCUUGUUGAAGUACGAAGUGGAGAAUGGAAAAAUAUGGCCACCGAGUGUGAAGGGGCCAGUCAACAUCUGCUUAUUGAACCAAAAACCUUACGAAACCAGAUGCCAUGACACACCGGAAGAGGGUGCUAACAGUGUGGCUGGGGUGAAUCUGUCAGUUGUUUGGUUCUGGAGGCUACAUAAUUUUAUAGCCUCAGCUCUGGGGCGCAUCAACCCCUGCUGGGACGACGACAGACUGUUCUAUACUACGAGAGAUAUUGUUAUUGCUAUACAAAUGCAGAUAUUCUUGUAUGAAUUAUUACCCGCAUUUAUUGGUAAAGAAAACUUAUUAAAGGCGGGUGUUAUUUCUCCUCAUCCGGGACAUCGAGAUUCAUACAAUGAGAAUUUAGUUCCACAAAUUUCUAUCGAGUACAUGACAGUACUGCGCUGGUUGCAUACAAUACAAUCUGGAACUGUGAAAAUGUACGACCCUCAAGGUUACUAUUUAAAACAGAUACCCAUAGCCAACCUGACACUAAGGACAGGUUACUAUGCGGUCGAUAACAACAUAGAUUACAUGACGCAAGGCGCUUUUAGACAGGCUUCUGGAAAAUUCGAUCACGCGAUUGAUCCAGAAUUAGGUGAAAGUGCUCUAGGUCCUCAUCAGAGAGCAUCAGAUACUUUAACUAAUGAUUUGUCGAAGAACCGCUACUUCGGGCUGCAGCCGUAUGUUAAAUAUUUAGAACUUUGCAGAAGAAGAUCGUUCAAAAAAUUUGAAGAUUUACUACAUGUUAUGGACCCUGAAAGAGUAGAAAUGCUUCAAGAAGUAUACGAACAUCUAGAAGAUGUAGACUUUCAAGCGGGACUUUGGCUGGAGAACUUCGUAGAAGGAGGACACGUCCCUGCGACCUUCUACUGCGUUGUGGUGGAACAGCUGCUGCGGUCUAUGGCUUCUGAUAGACAUUGGUACGAGAGACCGAACAGACCUAAUGCGUUUACAUUACCACAACUUCAAGAAAUCCGUAAGAUAAGUAUAGCGCGGGUGCUGUGCGAUGUCGGCGACAGCGUCACUCGUAUCCAGCGACAGGCUUUCCUCAGAAUCUCACCUAGUAACCCUCUUUGUGGCUGCAAUGAGAUCGAGGGUAUUGACUUUUGGGCUUGGGAAGAUAGCUCUUGCAGCAACGACGGAUCUUACCACGGCCCCGAUUACAAAGUUAAAACGCAAAAAAUGUAAACCUUUAUUAAUUAAAAAAUAAGUUAUAAU